UUUAUCAGAGAGGGGAAAUAAUUUAAUUAGAAUUUGUUGCUUAACAAAGUAGCCGUAUUUAUUUAUAGACUGACGUCAUUUCCACAGGUUGAGAUUGUGUCGCUCGUGAGCGCGUCGAGGUUAACAACAGUUGAGAGGCUCAUCUUUAUCUGUGAUCUUGUCAACAGAAAGACUUCAGCGGGAGAAGCGAGGGGCAUUGAGGCGUUCAGUUUAUGAAGGGUCCUGCACUUUUAAAGGGAAUAGCCAUGCAGUGAAACUCAUACACAAAAAAGGGACUUUUUGGGAGAGAGACUUUUCACUUAUCACCUGAUACUUGUUUAACAGGUAUCUUAAUUCAGAGAUGACAAUGGAAGACAGAAGCAGCCGCACCGGCGGUAGAGAAAGGCUGGGACUGAGCUUCACUAUUGACUACCUUCUGUUCAAUAAGGGAGUCAAAGGUUCUAAAGAGGAAGCGACAGGAAGUCGUACAGCAGAGCAGACGGCGAACAACAUGCUAAAUCAUCAGAAUCUUAAACCCGAAGAGGUGGGGAUUCGCUCAGAGAGACAGGAGAAGUGGCUACAGAGGUCAGAGGCAGAGACCAAAGAAAAGAAAGUCAAAGAAGAGGAGGGGGAUGAAGAGCAACAAGAGGAGGGGGAGGAGGAAGUGACCACCACCACAUCUAACAACGGCAGUCCAGAGAAGUCUGCGGACAAACCCAACCAGUCGUACAUAGCGCUCAUCUCCAAGGCAAUCCUGGCGUCAGAGCAGAAGAAACUGCUGCUAUGUGACAUCUACCAGUGGAUCAUGGACCACUACCCUUACUUCAAGAGUAAGGAUAAAAACUGGAGGAACAGCGUGCGUCACAACUUGUCCCUGAAUGAUUGCUUCAUCAAAGCAGGCCGCAGUGACAACGGCAAAGGUCACUUCUGGGCAAUUCACCCAACAAACUACCAGGACUUUUCUAACGGGGACUACCACUGCCGAAGGCCGCGGCGGAGGGUACGCAGGGUGGCAGGACAGCUUCCCCUUCCCUCCCUUAGCCCCACCUACCACCCUGCCCUCGCCCGGCCCCACAGAACCACCUACUGGUGCUGCCCUCAAGCCCAAACACUCCCCCUGUCCUGCUUGGCACCCAGACUCUACUGGCCAUGGUCCAGCAUGCAGCCACAAGUGGGGUUCCACCCGGUCCUGCAUGCCUCCGUACCCUGAGAGUUAAUAGUUUAUACUCUACUCACAGUUUGGCCCUGAAUUACUGAUGGGUGAACGAGAUAUUUUAGUCUUAUUUACUAAUCAAUACGUCAUUAGGUGAUGUUGAAAUUGAAGUGGACAAUUUUACAUUAUAUUCUGCAAACUAAAGUGAUUUUAGUGUGUUCAUUGAUUAAAUGUAUGAAUUGUAUGGAGCUACUGCACUUAUUUCAAUUGUGUUCUGAAUGUUUUUAGAAGAACAAAAACACAAUGUUUUGUUCUCAUUAAAUUAUAUUGAAUUCAA